GAGCGCAGAAGCUGAAGCCUGAUGACGCGAUCAAAGUGCUCCAGCUUGCCAGGGAUAUGAAGGAGGAUGGCAAGGAAAUUGGCGAGUCGAUUCUCAAGAAUCAGCUGUGUGCGCCAAUGGUGGUCAAAGCUUCGUGGCACAAGGCCAUGCUAAAGCAGUUUGGUGAGGUGUGCAGGUCCUCAGCUGCAAUGGCACGGGUCAUUUCCUCGCUUGAAAGCAAGAGCGGGCUGGGGAAGAUAUGCUCCUGUAUGGCCUCCAAUGUGCCCCUGCAUGGUGUUUCAGACGAGAACAUCGGGAUUUCCGAGUGCCGAGUCCUGUUCAAGGAGUUCCAAAGGUUGAAGAGCGGUGGGAAGCCUGGAACGGAAACGACUGCUGAAGCUGAGCAGCCUCAGGAGGCACAAGACAUGGCCGUGGAGUUGGAAACUCUUGGAGCUGAUGAGAACAUGGCAACCUCUGUGCCUGAGGUGGCUAUGGCUACUACUGUGGUUGAGAGUGAGGAGGACAACGCGGCUCGCGAGGGCAUGCUGCGACAGAUGGACAGAAUUCACAGGUUCUCAGGGCCUGAUGCCAUCUCCAGCUUGCAGAAGUCGGUCAAGAGCUACUUGAACACGACCACCAGGACGUGCUUCCUGAUCGAUACUCCGACCUCAAGACCUAAGGUAGCGACCGAGUUCGUCGACGCCAUCAAGGGCAUUGUUGCCGCCAGCAACCUGACGUCCUUCUCGAUUGUUGUGACCUGUGCUGGGCGGCUCGACUAUAUGUCCACUCUCCGGGACAAGCUGGCGCUCUCCUUCCCUCAGGCGGAGCCCUUUGUGACGAUCCUGACCACUGGCAGCGAAGUGCAAAGCCAGAAGAGGAAGACCAAAUUCGCUUUGGUGCUCCACCACUGUCCGCCCAAGCAGGUGCCGACUGUGCCGACAAGUAUCCUUGCCAUGAAAGGCAAAGCGCGCGCAUGGGAAGGCCUGAGGAUGCGAUGCCUGUCUCUGAGUUGCCCUCUGCGAAGCACUGCCGACAAGGCUUUGGCGCAAGGAAAGAUCGAUGAGGAGAACAAGAAGAAGGAAGAGCUCCGCAACAUGAUCGCCCUGCAGAAGAUGGAGCUGAACGGCGAUGAUUGCGCAGAGCCUGAUGAUAAUGAGGAGGCAAUGUCUGAAGAAGAAGAUCCUGGCGAGUCCGCGGGCCAGGGCCACGAUGAGGGCAAGCGUGACUUUAUCGUCGAACUCUUCACCUUCACGCGGUCCAUGAGCUAUUACACGCCGAUCCUGGAGCAGCUCCUCGUUGUUGCUGGCUCUGGCUCAUCCGUAUCAGCUGUUCUCCUGGGACAAGAGACCUUUGUGGCGACACCUUCAGCGUCUGAGCAUGCGGCGGCCCACGGCCUCAAGAUCCAGGAGGACAUGCUCUUCAACCACUCGCGGCGGUCUAUGGCUGGGAUGGCGGGAAGUCUGAAGAGGCCCCUGAACAAUGCCUUGCAGUUGAUAGAGGGCGGCCGGGUUUCAGACGAUUCUCCGUGGGACAUGGCGGAAUUGCAGGCUGACCCUGCUGACAACUUUGCGGGCGUCAACAUCCUUUGUGGGUCGCUAGAUGUGCGCGUUCCGCUGCUUCUGCAAAAGGAACUCAGUGAGCAUCGACUGUCCCUGGAGUUCCAUGAGCAGUUCGGGCGAGGUGAUCUGCAAGGCGACUGCCGCGAAGUUCACUUCAAUGGAGACAUUGAUGGCUUUUCUCAGAAUGCCCGGCCAUUCAUUUCUGUCCGAUGGAGUGGUGACUGGGUGAAAGUGGAGAAUGUGUGCCAUGGCGGCGACCGAGUCCCGCUGUACUGCGUUCUCCUCGGGGCCGCAAGGCUGAGCUUGGUCGUCAGGACGCACAAUGGCUCUGGUGUGGCGAAAAGUUCACCGCUUUGCCUGAACUAUGGGCUGCACUUUGAUUUGGAAGCUGCCAAAGCCCAGCAGGCUGUCGAGACUGAUGAUCGGGUGAAGCGGUUUCGAGGUGCGUUGGAUGCUGUUUUGGCGAAGAGUGCGCAGGCAGCUUCGCAAAGAGAGACUGCCAGUGCCAGCGCGACAGCAUCUGCGGUUGGUCCACCGAAGCCCGAUGCGCCUUCCGCGCCCGCGCCAGCUAAGUUGCAGCCUGUGGUGCCCAUGCCAAAGGCCCCAGCGCCACCAGCUGUGCCGACCCCUGCACCCGCACCAAAGGAGCAGCCGCCUGAUGAAGUGAAGCCCAGCGUGGGCACAGCUGGGGAGACAGUCUUGGCGACAGGUGUGACCAAUCACAACCUCACCUUCAGCGUUGACUUUGAUGCAAAGCACUUUGUCCUGUCCAUGCCUGACACUUCAAACAGAAAGCUCCCGCCAAGGAUUGCUGCGCUUGAUGUGAAUUGCGCUCGCGCAUUCUGUGAGAUCACAUGUCAUGUGCAAGAUUGCCUGCUCGUCCUGAGGACUUGCCUUCUGGUCUUGCGGGAGGCUGUAUUGAACCAGUGCGAGAAGUCCGACCCUGAGGCCUUCUGCAUCGAGAGUUCGAAAGAAUAUGUCUUCGAGUACAAGUCCAAGGACAGAUAUGGGUAUUCUCGGCAAUGUGCCAUCUCUACAUUGCAGAUUGAAUUGACAUGUGUGUAG